CUCUGCAGUCCGCGGCUGCUGCGGGCGUCGCCGCCGGCAUGAUGAACCGGACGACCCCCGAUCAGGAGCGGGCGCCGGCCUCCGAGCCCGUGUGGGAGCGGCCCUGGUCGGUGGAGGAGAUCCGCAGGAGCAGCCAGAACUGGUCGCUGGCGGCCGACGCAGGCCUACUACAGUUUCUACAGGAAUUCUCACAACAGACUAUCUCUAGGACUCAUGAAAUCAAGAAACAAGUGGAUGGACUAAUUCGGGAAACUAAAGCCACAGAUUGUCGCCUGCAUAAUGUCUUCAAUGACUUUCUUAUGCUGUCUAAUACCCAGUUCAUUGAGAACGUGAGUUAUUUAGAGAAGACUCGGGAACAGAAGGAAGUAGAUCUUAUUCCUAAAGUGCAGGAGGCUGUGAACUAUGGUUUACAAGUAUUGGACAGUGCAUUCGAGCAGCUCGAUAUAAAAGCAGGAAACUCAGACUCUGAAGAAGAUGAUGCUAAUGAGCGUGUGGAACUGAUCCUUGAACCGAAGCGUGUGUAUGAUGAAGAAGUGGAGGAGCCAGUACCCAAGGCUGAGGCAGAAAGAACAGAACAGCCAGAAGGCUCUGUAGGCAGCGAUCGUGGCAGUAUCGUGGACAGUGAAGAAGAGAAAGAGGAAGAGGAGUCAGAUGAAGAUUUUGCCAACCAUAGUGACAAUGAUCAAAACCGGAAAAGAAGUGGACCGACGUUUGCUGAUGAGCUGGCGGCCAGGAUCAAAGGGGAUGGCGGGAGCCGAAUGGGACAGGAACAGACAAUUUUAUCCUCAGGGGAUGCAAAACCUCAGAAGGCAUUGAAAGAGAAGAAGGAAAGGAGAACUCCUUCAGACGAUGAGGAAGAUAACUUAUUUGAACCCCCCAAGCUGACCGACGAAGACUUUUCACCAUUUGGCUCUAGAGGUGGCCUGUUCAGUGGAGGCAAGGGACUUUUUGAUGAUGAGGAUGAGGAGAGUGACCUCUUCACGGAAGCCCCCCAGGAUCGUCAAGCUCGCUCCCCUGUUCACGAAGGUAAGCUGGGAUUGAGGCUGCCUCUGCUUCUUGGGGACGCUGAUGUGUUUGGUACUACCUCAGCUCCAUCACGGAAGGAACCUCAGAAGCCUGAGCAGCCCCCUCCAGGGAAAAGCCCAUACCCCCCACCUCCCACUGGCCUCUUUGAUGAUGAUGAUGACGACGACGACUUUUUUGCAACAUCCUGCAGCAAACCUAAGACAAGCAAAGUCCAAUCCACUGCUAAUAUCUUUGAUGAUGAGGAAGGAGAUCUGUUCAAAGAAAAAGCAGGGGCAUUACCAGAAGCCACUGUGAGUCAGACAGAUGAGAAUAAAGCAAGAGCAGAAACAAAGGUUACCCUACAUUCCAGCAAAAAUCUCAAGCUUCCAUCUGAAACAAAGACUCAAAAAGGUUUAUUUUCAGAUGAAGAGGAUUCUGAGGAUUUGUUUUCUUCUCAAAAUGCGAGUAAGUUAAAAGGUGCAUCUCUGCCACCUAGCAAACUCCCCACAUCGGUCUCCCUGUUUGAUGAUGAAGAUGAAGAGGAUAAUCUUUUUGGGAGUACGACUGCUAAGACACAGACAUCAUCUCUACAAACUCAGAGUCAAAAGAAAGCAAAACCCUCUGAGCUCUCCAAAAAGAAAACAUCUGCCUUGUUGUUCAGCAGUGAUGAGGAGGACCAAUGGAAUAUUACUGAUUCACAGACCAGCUCAGCAUCUGACAGCAGGUCUAAAAGAGAACCCAAGGACUCUGGGACCAUCCAAGGCCAGGAGGCUGUGAAAAAGACCAGUCUCUUUGAAGAGGAUGAUGACGAUGAUCUGUUUGCUAUUGCUAAGGACAGCCAAAAGAAGACCCAGAGAGUGUCACUCCUCUUUGAAGACGACGCUGACAGUGGAGGCUCUCUGUUUGGCUCUCCGCCCACCUCUGCUACUCCUGCAGCAACGAAAAAAGAAGCUGUCCCUGUGGUGCCACCUUUGCUGUUCAGUGAUGAAGAGAAGGAAGCACCGUUUGGAGUGAAGCCUGUGGAUAAGAAGGUUGAGAGUGCCAAAGCAUCACCGGAAUUUGGGGAAACUGAUGUGGCCGAGGAGUCAGAAAAGGAAGGACUUUUGACUGGAUUUGCACAGGAAGCAGUCAAGCAUUCUGAUGUAUUUUCUUCACCAUCCCCAUUGGACAAAGGAACCAAGGGUAGAACCAAAACUGUUCUUAGCUUGUUUGAUGAGGAAGAGGAUAAAAUGGAAGAUCAAAACAGCAUCCCAACUCCACAGAAAGAAGUAGGAAAGGGCCGCUAUCCUGAUGCCCGCCCCAAGAGCACAGGUGUCUUCCUGGAUGAAGAGCUCCUUUUCAGCCACAAACUCCAGAAGGACAAUGAUCCAGAUGUUGACCUUUUUGCCGGCACCAAAAAAACCAAGUUGUUAGAGCCAAGUGUUGGAAGCCUCUUUGGGGAUGAUGAAGAUGAUGAUCUUUUCAGCUCUGCCAAGUCCCAGCCUUUGGUUCCAGAAAAAAAGAGAGGAGUGAAAAAAGACCACUCCGUUUCCUCUUCCAAAAACCAGAAACAUUCCGAAUCCACUCAAGGUAGCAAAGAAAAAAGCAUCUGGAAGCCGGAAACAGCCCAGGACUCGUCAGGUCUCGCUCCAUUUAAAACCAAAGAACCAUCCACUCGGAUCGGGAAAAUACAAGCAAAUUUAGCAAUCAACCCAGCGGCCUUGCUGCCUACAGGGGCUCCCCAGAUCUGUGAAGCAAAGCGUGUUUCUCCAGAAUUGGCUUCUCCUUCAUCUGAACCUGCAAGGAGCCGUGGUCUGGAAAGUGUGCCCACCCUUCCUGGGAGUGGGGAGGCCGGCGUGAGUUUCGAUCUUCCAGCUCAGGCAGACACCUUACACAGUGCAAACAAGAGCCGUGUCAAAAUGAGAGGGAAGCGCAGACCGCAGACCCGAGCAGCCAGGCGGCUGGCUGCCCAGGAGUCCAGCGAGGCCGAGGAUGUGAGUGUCCCCAGAGGGCCCGUUGCCCAGUUGGCAGACGGCACCAUUUCUCCAAAUGGCUGCCGGCCACAGCCCAGAGCCACCAGUGGAGAAGACCGCUCUGCGGAGGCCGAGGCAGCUGCUGCUCCACCUUGGGAAGGCCAUCCUGUGCAUGGAGUGGACAGAAGCCCCUUUGCAAAGUCUCUGGGUCAUCCCAGAGGUGAGGCUGAUCUUUUUGAUUCCGGGGACAUCUUUUCCAAGGGCACUGGCUCUCAUUCCAAGGAGAAAACAAAGGCCAAGGCAAAAGCAACAGAGACCCCAGCCAGCCUGCCAGGGGGAGGUAAAGGAAGGAGCGCCAUGUUCCCUGCUCUGGGCGAGGCGGGCAGUGAUGAUGAUCUCUUUCAGUCUGUUAAACCAAAACCAGCAAAGAAAACAAAUCCCUUUCCUCUCCUGGAAGAUGAGGACGAUCUCUUUACAGAUCAGAAAGGCAAGAAGAAAGAGUCAAAAUCCAACAGUCAGCAGGAUGUCAUAUCAAAAACACAAGAUAUUUUUGAGGAUGAUAUAUUUGCUACAGAAGCAAUUAAACCCUCUCAAAAAACAAGAGAGAAGGAGAGAACAUUGGAAUCCAACUUAUUUGAUGAUAACAUUGAUAUCUUUGCUGACCUCACUGUAAAACCAAAAGAAAAGUCCAGAAAGAAAGUGGAAGCUAAGUCUAUAUUUGAUGAUGAUAUGGAUGAUAUCUUCUCCUCUGGUAUCCAAGCUAAGACAACCAAACCAAAGAGCCGAUCUACACAAGCAGCACCUGAAUCAAGAUCUGAACACAAGGCGUCCAGCAUAUUUGAUGAUCCCCUGAAUGCCUUUGGAGGCCAGUAGAGCAUACAGGGUGUUCGCAUCUUACCCUUAGCUACAUCCUUGAGUUAGUGAUGAUGUCUUAUAUGCUCAUGGGCUUAACUGGAUUACAAAAAGCAAAUACUAAAACAGCUAGCUCACCUUUUACCCAAUGUACUUAGUAUUUUUUUGCACUGGUUUUAAUCAUGCUUAAUACUAUGAAACAAAAAUAAAUGUUUCACAGUGG